AUGGAACAAAACAAAACGUAUGAUGUCACUUUUCUUCCAGAUUUUCAUGAAAAAUUUUGCGCGUUCAACAGGCAUGAGGUUUUAUCCGACAAAUUUGAAGGCGACUCAAAUAUCGUGACGAUGAAUGACAAACAAUUUGAACUCAACAAUAACGACGAAGAGUCGUCACGUGUCAACUACGUUUUGGUGUGCUCGAAUGGAGAGGUCACACUUCAGCGCGUCCACACAAAAACAUGUCGACCAAAGCGACAAAAUGUAUCACAACAGAAUCAAGACAACUUUAUUAACUCUGACGAAGAGAAGCAACAAAACGAAGUGCUUUAUUACGACCAAAGCACACCAUUCAGUGGAAAUAUCGACAUGGAAG